AUGCAAUCAUCACGAUGUAGCCGUAUGUCCAUGUGGGAUAGCCCUGUCUUUGAGCACAAUCCUCUUACACGAUACUGGAAGCGCAUGAUGAACAGAAGCGGUGAGACACUUUCAUCACAAAGUAUACCACGUCAUAUUCACGGAUAUAUCGAAGCAACAAACCCACGCACAGAGAGUCUUGUGCGGUGGUUUCCAUACAAGAAGGAGAUAACAGUUGAUGGACGUUAUGUUCCAACUUUUUCUGACGUUAUUUAUACUCACUAUUUUCCGCGUGAACUUAGUGAUGAUGAACGUGUUAAGUAUAUAUCUCUUAAGACUGGACGUUCAGAACUGGAGGUUGCUGAAGAAUUAUUUCUUAUGCGUAAGAUGAAACUCUUUGUUGCUCAACUAUUGCGUAAUAAAUUACGAAGUAGACCUUUACGUAUGCCACAAGGUGUUGAAUACUCUGGUAUUGAACGACGCUACACCUUAGGUAUAUCUAAGGUAGCCCAAGUAAUGGGCAUGAGUAUGUAUAGCACCAAGUCGUACGACCCUACUAUUGUUUAUUCCCCCUAUUAUGAUAUGGGUGAUUGUGUUGAUUGUAUCUGCACUAAACAACUGCGAACAUCUCUUCAGUACUUGCUUUGUGAAGUAGCAUUACAUCGUGGUAUAGCUCGUAGUCGUCUGACAGACGUAGUAGGUAACCCAAAAGAACCCUUACAGCACCUUGAGCCGUGCUUGUAUGAAUUUAUUAAAUUACGCUUAGCUGUUUUAGCACUCAUAGCGAAACAAGAACAUUAUGUUGUAGAUCAUCAAUUUGAUGGGGGUCAUAGGUAUGGAGGAUGCCUGAUACAUCUUUUUCCAUCACCACUAGAUCCUGAGCUCAUUGACCAUGAAGUGGAACACAUUGAAUUGGAUCUUGACUUGGCUCAGCGAUGGUUAAAACAUUACUAUGAUCAUUACGUGACACCCAGAAAAUCACCUUCUUUUUAG